AUGGCUCCUAGGAAGGGCGUCUCGCCCAGCUUGGACGUCAGCUCGGGCAGCGGGCUGUACGACGCAAGAAACUACUGGUUUAGCUUCUUGAAAGCUAUUUCCAAGACCGCGAAGAAGUUUGAUGGCUCGGAUACAGCUGCGGCGACGGCUGCGCAGCUGCAGUCGGCGCUGGCCUGGGCGGAGCGCGACGGUGCGGCAAAGUUUGAGGCCGCCGCCGGGGAGGGCGGCAGCAAGGAGUUCCUGCAUCGGCUGGUCUUUGGUCAUAUCGUGAGAGCGAUCGGCGCGGACCUGCAGAAGCUGGUGGCGCUGGGCGCACGGCCGCCCAACGACGACGUGCAGCGCGUCCUCCUGCUGCUGGAGCAGGCAGUCGAAGUGCUGCGGCACGGCCUGGAAUACCGCGGGUACCGCUCCAUGACAGGAAUCCAGCUGCGCGUCGACCUCUUGAGCAUCCAGCUGCUGCUGCGUGAGGCCGACGGCUUCGACGACGCCGACAUUAGCGGCGUUGCAGUGCACAACUUACAUUUGCGGAACCUGGCGAACUUUGUUGUCGAGAACCUGGCGGCCGGCUGGGAGGACGAGGCGGCGUUCGUCAACAUAUUCCAGGAGAACCCGCCGUGGGAGGCCAAGAAAGGCAGCACGUCGCUCGCGCUGGCGGCCGCCUACAAGGAGACCUGGGACGCGUUCUACAAGGCGCACUACCAGGCGCUGAGGGCGGCGUCGGUGGGGGCCGAGCAGACCGAGCUGCGGGACAGGAUGAAACCCGUGGUCCUCAACUAUGGAAAUGCCGUCAAAGCGCUGGGACCAGCGGCCAAGGAUGACCAGCAACCGCAGCAGCAGCCGCAGCCGGCGCUGCCUGCGGGGGCUGCCGCCGCCGAGCAGCAGGCAGGCGGCGACGCCCCUGGCCGGCGCGGCGCGGCGGCGGCGGCCAAGGAGGACAAGAGGCGGGGCGAGCUGCGGCCGCCAAAGGUGGACAAGAAGGUUGACGAGCGGACGAGGGCGCGGCAGGAGAAUGCCAAGAAGGUCUUGGACCACAUCCGCCGGCAGCUGAAGCCGGCGCCCACCCCCGAGGCGCGCAUGGCGGCGCUGCGGGCGAUGACGGCCGUGCCGCGCGGCGCCAAGCUGACCGAGCUGCUGCGGGGCCUCGUCAGGCCGGGGGCGGAUCUGACUGACAUCAUCACGGCGAUGACGCGCACCUGGCACCUGCCAGAGUCGCUGGCGGCGCCCGCCGCGGAGGGGGAGCGCGAGCGAGAGGUCAAGGCGCAGCUGGAGGCGCUGGCGGCGGCGCCGGAGGCGUGGGUGUCCUACAUUGCGCACGGCAUCGACGAGGACGGCGCGCCGCGCCACACCGCAGCGCUGGGGCUGCCAGCGGCGCUGGAGCAGGCUGGCGAGGAGGCGUGCGCGCCGCCGUCGCGGGCACUGCGCGCCCACUUGGAGCCGCGGCUGCAUGCGGGCGGCGUGCCCAGCGCGCGAGACGUCUAUCUGGGGCAGGUGGAGGAGUGGACUGGUGGCGUGGCCGCCGCCGCAGCAGCGGAGGCGGAGGGCGCUGGGCCGCAGGAGCUGGCGGCGGUGGUGCCCCUGGGGCGCGAGAGCGGCGCGACGGGGAGCCACAUGUGGGCACGUGCGUUCGCCAACGAGGAUCCCCUUUCCAAGUACCUGCGGGAGCUGGAGAUCGCCACCUUGACAGAUGACGGCUUCCACCAGCUGCAAAUCAAGUCGCUGGAUUACUUGCCAGACGACUUUGAAUGGGACUACAUUGACUCGGACUGCGGCGGCGCCCCGUACGCCUGGAAGGCGCAGGGGCACAACCUAGUCCGCGGCUUUGCGGCGCUGCAGGCGGGGCGCGGGGAGGUGCCGCCCGGCCAGGCGGCCGCGCGGGCCGCGGGCGACAGGGCGGUUCUUCUGCGCCUGGUGCUGCUGGAGUCGCUAACGUUGGGGGAGUUUCAGUGGCGCAGCUCGAGCAUCCAGAAGUAUUUCACGACUGAGGCCGGCCAGGCGCUGAUGCGGCGUGUCAUGCUGGGCUCUGAGGACGCCCGCCUGAAAUCCGACCUCGACGCGCCAACACUGCUCUCCGACGCCGCCGACGCGCUCGCCGCGCUGCGCCGCGACGGCCUGCUGCGCGGCUCGCUGCUGACCGCGCUGCAGCUGGCCGCGCACCAGUGGCUGCCGGGCGUGGUCGGCGAGGACCCCUUUGCGCUGGGGGCGGACGGGCUGGCCGAGCGCGUGCUGCCGCAGCUGGGGGUCGGGCGGCUGCACCGGCUGCGCCACUUCCUGCUGCAGGCGCUUUCGGCGUUUGCGGCCGACCUCUCAGCGGUGCGCGCCUGCCGCGAGCACGAACACACGCGGGAGCUCUUCAUCGCCGCCGACCUGGCGCCCGACACGAGCGGCGGCGGCGGCAAGGGGGGCCGCGGCGGCGGCGGCGGCGACAAGGGCAGCUUCCUGCAGCUCUCAGAGGAUUACUACCGCGCGGUGUAUCAAGAGGCGACCUACCCCACUCCCACCCCCUGCUGCACCCCGCACGUGGUCGCGCACAAGGCGGCCCUGGCGCAGGGCAAGCCCCCUGGCCUGGUGCCCCAGGCCGCGGGGGCAGACGAGGAGGCGGAGGCGCCGGCGUGCGAGGCCGUGGGUCAAGGGGAGCAAAUGGCUGCAGUCGACGACGACCUGCUGGAUCUUUACCUUUUCGGCAAGGGCGUUGCCGGCCGCGGCGCGGCGCGGGUCGAGGCGUGCGGGGACGCCGGCGACGAGGCCCUGGUGAAGACGCUCUUUGUUCCACAGGAGACUGUGGCGGAGUCCACCUGGUGGAAGCUGCCCACCCACGCCGCGCGCGUCGACCGCCUGCGGUUCCUCCUGGCAACUGCUGCGCAGCUGGCGGGCGAGGGCGCGGAGAUGCGGCGCCGGCUGGCGCGCGUGCCGGCGGUGGUGUCUCGCGCGCGCGCGGCGGAGGCGGAGGCGGCGGGCGGGCCCGGGGCGGUGGCGGCGGCGUCGGCUGCGGCUCGCCUGGCCGCCCCCGUCCUCAGCGCGAGCCGGGCGGCUGCCGUGCGCAGUGCGCGCACCUGCGCCCAGCACGACCUGCUGUAA